AAAAAAAGAAAAGUCUUUAUAUAGUCUCCUUAUAGAGCAGAGGCAUGAGGAUCUUCUUCGAGACUCGUCAAUCUCAAUUUCUUAUUUAUUCACCCUUUAACUUUCUCUUCAUUCCUUCAUUUGAUCCUUCUACUGAUUAGGGUUUCUUUACUUCUCUCUUCAAUUUCUCUUUUCAACAUCAAGGAUUUUGGAAGGAUUGGACAAGAUAGCAAUCAUUUCUCCAUCUGGUGCAAUGAAGCCACAUGGAUCGUCUUUGAAUCCGUUUGCAACAUCUUACAUUCCACUCUCCCAGAGAGGGGCUAACAGAACUUUUAUAGGGGAAAACACUUCGAGGGAAAAUAUUGGGGCUAACUUGCCUGGAUACUCUGAACAAUGUGUAUAUAAUCCUCCAUAUAACAACAGCAUUUCCCCUCGGUUAAAUAUGAAUCAUGGUAAAAAAGCAUCUGUCGCAGGCGCAGCUGUGAAGAAUCACCCUUUUCUUGGAUCAUUGUCACAACAGAGUAGUGAUUUGACAGAAAUGGAGAUGUUUGAUAGAGAAGUCAACAUGGAUAUUGAAUUGCUUCAAGUCAGUUUCCCUGGACUAUCUGAACAAUCCCUUACUGAUGUGUAUUUUGCAAAUAAAGGUGACUUGGAUGCUGCUAUAGACAUGCUGAGCCAGCUUGAGAACAAACAUCCACACGACGUUGAAUACGACCCUGAAAGUCUCCCAGACACUUUGGACAUUGGUGAUAUCUCCGAAUCCGGGUUUGUAACCGUUGAUCAACCCUCUUUCAGAAUGAAGAAUGUAGCCAAUCAAGCAAGUACUUCAUCCAGAUUCUAAGAGCAUUUGUUGGUUUGGAGAAGUGAACUUUUCUUUCCCCAUGUGGGUUUUCUUUGAUUACUUCUUUUUUUUUUCUCACUAUAAGUAAACAUCAUCCUUUGGGAUAAGGGGAUCCUCUCUGGUUAUAGGAUUGUAUAGUGUUCCAAGUUCUUUGUACGUGCACGAACUCAUUUGCAAUGGUGUCGACGACGUCUCUUUGUUUCGACCGAUCAAAAAGAUCGAUAUGUUCCAUUCCACAAUUGUUUUGUGUUGUAGGAUACAUACAUACUUCACAAAAACAGCUUGAUAUUUGAACUAUUUUGGGAUUCAUAGAGUUCUAUGUCUAUUACUUCAAUGGACUUUUUGAAAUUGGACCACUUUGUUGUU